AUGUCCGGCGCAAUCAAGAUGGAGGGCUUUCAGCCUUCGCCCUCAUCCAACGAGAGUCCCUCCCGCCCCGUUCUCAACCGCCCCUUCUCUGACGGCUCCAUGACCGUCGACUCGUCCAUCCUGAGCUCCCUCAUGAACUCGUCCCAAUCAUUCUCAUUUGGACCCGGGUCAAUGUCGAAUCAGGCCCCGUUCGACUACAACAUGGUGUCCCCACAGCAGCAGGUCAUCGAUCUUCCAGGCGGUACCUCGCCUCACAGCUUCCAACCUCACGCCAUGUUUGGUCACCUCAACUUUGGCGCCGAGAACCGCGAGCCUCCUAUCCUUUCCUCUUCCAUGGACAACGCCUCGGGUCAGCACAACGAGCCCACUAAUCGAUCCCGGUCCCAGUCCUCCUCGCGCUCCUCACACAUAGGUAAAGCCCCAGUCGCUCGGUCUCGCCCUGCUCGCAAGCUGUCUAUGAACGAGACCAAGCCCAAUCUCUCGUCUAUGCGUGGGCGUACCAUGCAGCCACCUCGCUCCAUGUCGUUCCAGACCGACAGCAAGCCUAACCUUGUUAAUCUCGGCCCCCGCCACAACUCUAUCACGUCAGCCGAUUAUGCCUUUGAUCAGCAGUAUGGCAUCUCCAUCCCUCGCAGUGAUUUUGGAAGAUCUCUAUGGGGUCCAUCGGGCAGUGCGCCGGGCGGCUUGGUGGAUUCGCUCCCACCCUUUGGCACCAGCGCUGAUGGCACGGCUCCGCUUGAUAGCCCGAUGACCCCGGCUCAGAGCGUCCAGGCUCUUCUUGGCGACGAGAGCCGCAAGCAGAAACGCCGCGAGUGUCACAACCAAGUGGAGAAGCGACGUCGCGAGCACAUCAAUGCUAUGAUCGAGGAGCUGAACAAGCUCCUCCCUCCCCGUUUCAAGAACCCUCUCGACCCCGACGUGGCCAUAGAGGACGAUGAUGAGGAGGAAAACCCGCCCGACUCACCCGUAAAGAAGAAGAAGUCGAAGCGUACUGCUUCUACCUCCAAGCAGCAAAAGGACGCCGCUCAAUGCAAGGGCCGCAUCCUGUCAGACAGUGUUCAGUACAUACGCGAUCUACAGGCUGUUACCACCCAGCAGUCUUCGCGAAUCAAGUAUCUCGAGAGCUUGCUCAAUCAAGGCGUAAUGGCCGGUGGACCUCUCGACAGUUCGUCGCACAACGCCUACGCUUCUGAGGCUCUGGAUGCUAUGGGUGCGAGUCCAGAGGAGCCCGAAUGUCUUGUCUCUGUCAACCAAACAGGUUGGGGUGGUUUCAACUCUGCGGCCAACAUGCUCGUGUUUGAACCUUCCCCAACCGAUGCGUCGUCCGGACCCGAAGCUCAACGAUCCACGCCAUUGUCCUCCGGCUCACCCGAAACCGACAGCAAAGAUGGAGUUGUGUGGGCCGGCCUAAUGGAGCUUGCCGAGGAAACCUCGCGUCCUCGCAAGGACUCUCAAUCUGAACUUCAAAGCUCGAUGAGCAACAUGGAUUUGGAUGUGAGCAUGAACGACCGCAGGACAUGGGCAUUCUAG